AUGUCAAUACCUGGGUUUGGCGGGUCCGAUUCAUUCAAUGAAGAUAAUAUCAACAUCAAAACUAUAACUAUACCAUCAUUAUAUGAAUGGAGAAUAGAAAUACCUUUCAGUAAAAUAUUAAAAUUUAAAAUAAUUGAAGGAAUAUGUGAAAUAAAUGGAACAGAAUUACCAAAUAAUAUAGAAAUUAAAUUAACAGGUACUAAAACAUGUAUAUAUUCACCUAAAAUUGAAUCAAAAUUAGAAUAUCUACUAGUAAAUAAUAAUGAUACAUCAAUAAUGAUAUCAAAUGAUGAUGAAGAUAAUGAAUUUACUGAGUAUUUAAGUAAAGAAAAUAAUAUGGAAUCAAUAAUAAAUUUACAUUCAUAUUUAGAAUCUAAAAGACAAUUAUGUCAAGAUCAUAAUAUAUCAAAUGAAGAACAAAUUUGGGGUCCAAGAGUAUUAGUUAUUGGAUCAAAACAAUCAGGUAAAACAACAUUAAUUAAAAAUUUAAUAAAUUAUUCGGUAAAAAUGAAUCAAUGUCCUAUAUUAGUUAAUUUAAAUCCUCAAGAUGGUGUAUUUGCAUUACCUGGUUCAAUAUCAGCAACUCCAAUAAAUGAUUUUUUAGAUGUUGAAAGUUAUAAUGGUUAUGGAUUAACAACAACAACAACUGGAAGUACUUUACAAACUCCAAAACAACCAAUUGUAAAAAAUUAUGGAUUUACAAAUAUUUAUGAUAAUUUAGAUUUAUAUAAAUAUCAAAUUUCUCAAUUAGGUAUAACUGUAUUAUCAAGAUUAGAAAAUGAUUUAAAAGUUAAAAAUUCUGGAAUAAUAGUUGAUACACCACCAUUAAGUAUAAAAGAUUUUGCAGUUAUUGAAAAUAUAAUUAGUGAUUUUAGAAUUGAUUUGGUGGUGGUUAUAGAAAAUGAAAAAUUAUUAAUAAAUUUAACCAAAAAAUUAAAACAUAAAAUAAAUAAUGGUUUACAAAUAGUCAAAAUUAAAAAAAAUCAAGGAGUUGUUGAAUUAAAUGAUAAAUUUAUAAGAAUGACUCAAGAAUUAGCAAUAAAAGAAUAUUUUAAUGGUAAUUCAAAAACAAGGUUAUCACCAUUUAAAACUGAUAUUGAUGCAAAUGGUUUAAAAAUUUUUAAAGGAAUAUUAACAAAAGAUUUAAUUAAUUCAUUAUCAUUUUUACCAGCCGGGGAUGAUUUUGAAAAAGAUUCAACAAAAAAGGAAAAUGAAUUAGAAAAGUAUUAUAAAUUAAUUGAAAAUCCAAGUUCUUCAAAUUUAGAUAAUUCUAUAAUUACAAUAACUCAGUUAGAACAAUCACCACAACAACAACAGCUGGGCGAGUUAGGUAAAGAGCUAUUAAAUGCUUCUGUUUUAGGUUAUAUACAUGUUUCAAAAUUUGAUGAUGAUAAAAAAAAAUUAAAAGUUUUAUUACCUUUUCCUGGUAUAUUUCCAAGAAAUAUUUUAAUUUCAACAAGUAUAGGAUAUAAUGAGUAA